CGUUUUGUUGGGUUGAAAUUAGAUGCUCAGGUUAAAGGGAUUUACCUUUUGGGAGCGUGAUGUCGUCUUUUUCUUUGCUUGUAAAGGUAUAAAGUUCGUAGGUAUCCUAUUCUUUAUUUUCUUAAAAGUGGACCUUUUACUUCAUUUCCUUUCUCCAUUUUGAGAAUUUGAAUACCAAGCAAUACUUUCAAAUACUUUUAAAUACCAUCGAAAGAGUAGCAAACCGCAGUCAUGCCUCUCCCAACCGAUCCCGCUGUUGUAAAGACUAGUGAAAACCUAGUCCAUCAACUCCAAUCUAUGUUUGGCAAACACGGCGGAAAACGUCCUGGUAAGUAUCCUGAUUUCCAAGCAUCCUCAAGACCCCCAAAUCCGCACUUCAAAACCCCAUCAAAAUCUAACAACCCCCCAGCACACGCAAAAGGGCUCCUCCUAGCCGGAACCUUCACUCCCCUCCCAGCAGCCAGCACCCUCUCCACAGCCCCACACUUCAACCACCCCUCCACCCCCAUCUGGAUCCGCUUCUCCAACUCCACCGGCAUCCCCAGCAUCCCCGAUUUCGACGCGCACGCCGAUCCCCGCGGUAUAGCCAUCCGCUUCAUUCUCGACUCCGAGAAACACAAACAUACCGACAUCGUCGCACACUCUACUCCCUUCUUCCCCACCCGCACAGGAGAAGAAUUCCUCGAAUUCCUCCAAGCAGCAGCAGCCAGCAGCGGCGAAGCCGUCGCAACUCCGAAACCUAUUGAAAAAUUCCUAGCAUCCCAUCCUAAAGCAUUAGCUUUUGCAACGGCGCCUAAACCCGCGCCUACGAGUUGGGUGAGGGAAACUUACUGGAGUGUUAAUGCUUUUAAAUUUAUUGCAAAGGAUGGAAACGUGACGUUUGUAAGGUAUAGGAUUAUUCCUGUAGAAGGGGUUGAGAUUGCGAGUGAAGAGCAGAAGGGAAGUUUUGGGGAGAAUUAUCUUACUGAGGAGGUGAAGGCGAGGUUGGAGAGGGGAGCGACGGCGGAAUUUAAAUUGGUGGUGCAGAUUGCCGGGGAGGGGGAUGUGACGGAUGAUGCGACGGAGCAUUGGCCUGAAGAGAGGAAGAUUGUGGAGUUGGGGACGAUCAAGCUGGAGGGUUUGUUGGAGGAUAAUGAGAAGGAGCAGAAACAUAUUAUUUUUGAUCCGAUCCCUAGGGUAGAGGGUAUAGAUGUUAGUGGUGAUCCGUUGUUGGAUGUUAGGGCGGGUGCUUAUUUGAUUAGUGGGAAGGAGAGGAGAGCUGCUGCUUAGACUCUGGGGGUGAAGGAACAUGUGAUGAGAUCUUGGGAUUUAUACAGAUGGGAGGUUUCAACUGUCAGAGACAUGGCUCUUGAUGAUUUCUUUUCUAUGCUAAUUGAACUAAAUGAAUUUGCAAUAACUGGG